AUGGGGGAAUCAGAAAAUGGCUUCCAUGCCAUUUGGAGGUGCAGAGCAAGCAUUAAAUUUUGGAAAAAAACUAUUUUUUGGAAGCAUAUCAAACAGAUUAAAGAUGAAGACUCGUGUCUUGUCCUUAACAAUUUGAGGAAUGUUCUUAAAAGAGAUGAUUUUGAACUGUUCGCUAUUAUAUCUUGGCAGAUUUGGUACAUUAGAAACAAAACUAUUAGGGGAGAGGUGGAGCCUAAGCCCGAAGCUUUGGUGGAGUGGUGCUAUAAUUUUUGGGGCAAAUCUGUGGUGCAAAACGGAAAGAAAGAUGGGGGAAAGUUGGAUCGGACUAGGGUGAAAUGGGAACCUCCUCCGCCUGGUUCGGUUAAAAUUAAUGUUGAUGCUGGAUGUUUGGAGGAAGGGAGAUCGUGGAUUUCAGCUGCCGUGGUGAGAGAUGACAGGGGAUCCUUUGUUGGGGGUCAAGUUUCUUGCCAAAACCAGCCCUUGUCGGCGCUUGGGGCGGAGCUUGUGGCAGUCCGUGAAGGGCUCUGUCUGGGUUGGCAAAUGGGGCUUAAAAGUUUCUCUGUGGAGUCAGAUUGUUCCAGUGCUGUCUCCUUGUCAAACAGGCCUUUGGUUUUCUGUAAUGAGCUUGAAGGAGUUAUCACAGAUAUUAAGAACCUGGUGGAGAAGUCGGGUUGCAAAGAGAUUAGUUUUGUGGGGAGAGAGGCUAAUUGCCUUGCUCAUGGCUUAGCAAAAACCACUUCCUGGAAGGGAGUGACUGCUUGUUCAGUUGGGUGUGUACCCAGCGAGUUGUUUUCAGUCUAUAAGGCUGAGUUGAUUUGUUCUUUGUAA